GUUUCUGUGUCUUUUUGUUCUACAAAUCAUACGAAACGCGUUACGGCGACUCUCCUGUGUUGACGUCUCUCCUCCUUCUUCCCGUCUCUUGCAGCUGUCGGGAGGCUGCGAGCUCACCACGGUCCUCCAGGAUUUCGUCGCCAUCCACAGCAAUGAGCUGAGCAUCCAGGUGGGUCAGACGGUGGAGCUGCUGGAGAAGCCGAGCGACCGUCCCGGAUGGUGUUUGGUGAGGACGACGGACCGGAGCCCCCCCCAGGAAGGCCUGGUGCCCAGCAGCGCCCUGUGCAUCUCCCACUCCCGGAGCAGCGUGGAGAUGGAGUGCUUCUUCCCGUCAGGAAAAGAUGCUUUUUCCGUCUCGGGAGAAAAUGGCGGCAAGACGGACUCGGUGGCCAACCUGCAGCCGCACUCCUCUCUGAACUCCAUCUCCAGCUCGCCGGGGCCCAAACGCUCCACCAACACGCUGAAGAAAUGGCUGACGAGCCCCGUGAGGCGGCUGAACAGCGGCAAGGCCGAGAGCAACAUCAAGAAGCAGAAGAAGAGGGAGGGGCGCAACCUGGGCUCCCCGCGGGCGAGCGACGACACCACCCCGCAGGGCGACAGCGCCGAUGAGAAGGGCAAGAAAGGAUGGGACGAGGAGGCGGACGACGACUCGCACACUCCCCUACCGCCACCCAUGAAGAUCUUUGACAACGAGCCGGCGCCAGACGACAAGCCCUCCUUACUUGUGGCCCGUCAGAGCUCGGCCGAGGUCCCCAGUGCGGCCGAACUGGUCAGUGCAAUAGAGAACCUGGUCAGGAACAAAAUGUCCCUAGAUGGCGGCUCAUACUCGGUAACGGACGGGUAUUCUAAUGAAGGGAUGAUGCCGAUGCCAUCACCUGUACCGAGGAACCACGAGGAGGAACAGAAGGCUAAAGCUCUCCGAGGGAGAAUGUUUGUCCUGAACGAGUUGGUGCAGACUGAGAAGGACUAUGUGAAGGACCUGGGGGUGGUGGUGGAGGGCUUUAUCCAAAGGAUAGAGGAGAAAGGGACACCAGAGGACAUGAACGGGAAGGAGAAGAUCGUGUUCGGCAACAUUCACCAGAUCUACGACUGGCAUAAAGACUUUUUCAUGGCAGAAUUGGAGCAAUGCCUGAAGGACCCGGACCGCCUGGCGCCGCUCUUCAUUAAACAGGAGAGGAAGCUGCUCAUGUACGUCGUGUAUUGCCAAAACAAACCUCGCUCGGAAUAUGUGGUCGCAGAAUUCGACUCUUAUUUUGAGGAGGUGAAGCAGGAGAUCAACCAGAGAUUCAAUAUCAGCGAUUUCCUUAUUAAACCCAUACAGAGGAUAACCAAGUACCAGCUGCUGCUAAAGGAUUUCUUCAAGUACAGUCAGAAGGCCGGUCUGGAAUGCUCUGAGAUUGAGAAAUCCGUGGACUUAAUGUGCCUUGUACCCAAACGCUGCAACGACAUGAUGAACUUGGGGCGACUUCAGGGAUUCGAGGGAAAGCUGACGGCUCAGGGGAAGUUGCUUCAGCAGGACACGUUCUUUGUGAUCGAGCAGGAAUCUGGACUCCAGUCCCGGCCGAAAGAAAGGAGAGUUUUCCUGUUUGAACAGAUCGUCAUCUUCAGUGAACUCCUCCGGAGGGGAUCGUCCAACCCCGGCUACAUGUUUAAGAAAGGAAUCAAGAUGAAUUACCUCGUCCUGGAGGAAAACAUCGACAACGACCCCUCUAAGUUCGCCCUGAGGAGCCGAGAGUCCACGGAACGCGUCAUUCUCCAGGCUGCCAACCCUGAGAUCAAACAGGCCUGGGUGCAGAACAUUGGUCAAGUGUUGGAGACCCAGCGAGACUUUGUGAACGCUCUGCAAUCGCCAAUAGAAUAUCAGCGGAAGGAGAGCAACGCAGCGAUGAACAAACCCCAGUUAAGCCGGGCGCCGACUCCCAGCAGCAGACCCGUCUCCACGACACCCAUCAGCGCCGAGAAAUGUGUCAACCUCCCGCGAAACCAAUCUCUACCGCAACGGAAAACACCUACCUCCAAUGGCAGCCCAGGGUAUGAUCUCUACCAGCUGCCUGACAAGUACGACUCCACCCAGGUAAUCUAUCAGAUUCAGCUGGCCUUUCACAGGGCUUCUGAGAUCACGACUGCGGGGAUCCGGUGCAACCAGGGCCGGAUUUCCCACAAGGCCACCGAGGGCCAGCUUCGGGGCAUCAGGGAUGCUGUUAAUCAUGUGAUCACAGCGGCUCAGCGAAUCAGAGGCUUAAUAACAUGUGACUUUACAGCGGCUGCGGAAACUAUAAGUCCCAGCAGGUCAAGCGGCACGCUGGGUUCCGUAGUUCCGCACCCGCUGGAGGGCCACUUUGUGUCUGAGCUGGGGGGUGCUGUAAUGGGCACUGACAGCAUCCCUCCAGACAAUCUACAGGGUGCUGUAAUGGGCACUGACAGCAUCCCUCCAGACAAUCUACAGGGUGCUGUAAUGGGCACUGACAGCAUCCCUCCAGACAAUCUACAGGGUGCUGUAAUGGGCACUGACAGCAUCCCUCCAGACAAUCUACAGGGUGCUGUAAUGGGCACUGACAGCAUCCCUCCAGACAAUCUACUGGGUGCUGUAAUGGGCACUGACAGCAUCCCUCCAGACAAUCUACAGGGUGCUGUAAUGGGCACGGACAGCAUCCCUCCAGAUCUGUAUAUUGCAGGGGGUAGCCAAACCUCCGCCCUCUCGCCAUUCCAUGAGGCCGCAUGUUUCUGCCGUUUUGAUUGGUGCGUUUUUUGGUACAACAGGAAGUCAUGCUCUUGGCACACUCUCCGCAUGAGGAAACGGGACGGCAAGGAGCCCAACGGCCAGUGUAAAAGCGUGGAGGGUCUGGGCAGCAAGGUGAAAGUGAGUAAGGAUCACAACAGUUCCGAGGAAUCAGAAUGUGAUGACUUUGACCCCGGAGCCAGCAUGGAGAUCAUGAAUCCCAAUUUCAUCCAGGAGGUGGCCCCGGAGUUCCUCCUGACUCUGGUAGACAUCAUAUGUGUUGUCGGUGACACGGUGACCCUACACUGCAAGGUCUGCGGCCGACCGAAACCGCUCAUCACGUGGAAGGGGCCGGAUCAGAACAUUCUGGAUGGUGACAGCAGCACUUACAUCAUGACGGCCAGCGAGUCCGGCGACAUUCGUCUGAAGAUCUGUAAUCUGAUGCCCCAGGACAGCGGGAUCUACACCUGUGUGGCGACCAAUGAGCUGGGCUGCACCUCCACCUCCGCCACCAUCAAAGUACAAGGUACCCGGGAGGACCAGGGGCAAGGGGGCAACUUAGCACAGAUGAUUCCGGGGAACUGCACCAUCUCGGGAUACACCGUGGAGUACAAGGACGAAGGUACGGACUCUGUGCAUAUUCCCAUACUGAUCUGGCAGCAGUCGGUGGCCUGUACACUGGAUACUUACCUUGUGCUGGAGGACCUGAGGCCCGGAGGAACUUACCAGUUCAGAGUCAGCGCCAGCAACCCCUGGGGCAUCAGCCUGCCCAGCGAAGCGUCAGAACCACUGCGGCUGCCUGAGAACGAUGCCAAUACUGACGGCUCCACCAUAUGCUGGAAGGAGAACUUUGACCAGAUGUACGUGGAGCAGCAGGAGAUCGGACGUGGACGCUUGUGCUUGGUGAAGAAGUGUGUGCAGAAGAACACGCGGAAGGACGUUGCCGUGAAAUUCGUCACCAAGAAGCUGAAGAAGCGCGAACAGGCGUCUCACGAGGCAGCGCUGCUCCAACACCUGCAGCACCCGCAGUACCUCACCCUCCAUGACACCUACGAGUCGGCGAACUCCUAUAUCCUCGUCCUAGACAUGGUGGAUGACGGCCGCUUGCUGGAUUAUCUCAUGAAGCACGACGAGCUGAUGGAGGAGAAGGUGGCCUUCUACAUGCGGGACAUCCUGGGGGCCCUCCAGUAUCUGCACGGCUGCCGCGUCGCCCACUUAGACCUCAAGCCUGAGAACCUUCUGAUCGAUCUCCGUAUCCCGGUGCCGCGGGUGAAGAUCAUCGACCUGGAAGACGCCAUGCGGAUUACUGGUCACUAUUACAUCCACCAGCUCCUGGGGAGCGCGGAAUUCGCCGCUCCGGAGGUGAUCAAAGGCACGCCGGUUUCCCUGGCGACCGACAUCUGGAGCCUGGGCGUCCUGACGUACGUCAUGCUGAGCGGGGUGUCGCCUUUCCUGGACGAGAGCAGCGAGGAGACCUGUAUGAACAUCUGCCGGGUGGACUUCUCCUUCCCGCUGGAGUACUUCACCAGCGUCAGCCAAGCCGCCCAGGACUUCAUCCGGGCCGCGCUGCAAAUGGACGCCCGCUGGAGGCCCACCGUGGCCACCUGCCUGCUCCACCCCUGGCUCCAGCCUCACUAUAGCAAUUAUUCCAAAAUCCCCCUAGACACCACGCGACUGGCCACCUUCAUCGAGAGGCGGAGCCACCAGAACGACGCCCGGCCGCUGCCCAACGCCAAGAGCAUCAUUGCGAAACGCAACGCCAUGGGGACAUGAAGUCUUGGCGCUCUUUCCUGC